UUAAGUAUUGCGCACCUUCCAACAGUUCAAUCCAAGUACACAACCGUAAAGAGAGCAGGCUGAUCAAAAGAUUUUGCUUAAUAUUUCAACUACAAUUUGACUUUAAUUCUUGCAUGUCAUACUCCAAAGUUAUUUUUCUCAGUUUUUGGCACACAAUAUAUUAACUAGCCUAGCUGACUAACCUUGUACUCUUUCCAUAAUUGCGUGGAAUAUUCUAGAAAUACCUAAUAAAAUGAUAUCAAUGCUUUAGUUAUGAAGAUAGACCGUUCGAAAGUGAAGAAAGGAACAUCUGAAGUGCCUGAAGAUUGUCAAAAUGUAAUCCAGUUCUUCAAAACAUGUACUGAUAAGGAGUUGCUAGUAGAACUUCAAAAGAUUAAUGUUUGGUACUUUGGAAAGUGUGAACUUUACCAUUGGAUUGAUGUGCUUGACAGAUUCGAUGCGAUAUUGGCAGGUAUAGCAAAACCAGCAGAGGGGAAGAAAUGGAUAUUUCAAUUUGAUAUACUGGAAGAAACCUAUGGGAAGGAGAAAGGGGCACAGCAAAAGGAGUUGAUUUUUCAGAUCUUGAAAUUCACAGCAUUAUUAAUCGAGCAUUCCUAUGCACGACACCUUUACAACUCUAUCGAGCAUCUCAUUACUUUGUUGGAUUGUGCUGAUGGGAAUAUCAUAUUAGCAGGACUAAACCUUGUCUAUGUGUUUAGUAAGCGUUCAAACUAUUUGUCUCGGUUACCCAGUGAAAGAAAGAAACUUUUGCAAGAAAAGCUGGUUGAUCUGGCUCAGACAUGGGGAGGAUCCGAAGCUGGUUGUGCACUCGAACAAUGCUGUUCAGAGGAUGUUCCAAUGGGGGCUGGAAAUGUUUAUUUUGAGUACUACUUGCCAGAUGACGUGGUAUUAGACUCAGAAAAAAAUUCGACCACAAAGUUAAACUCAAAUCGUUUUUGCAUUGAUUUGAAAAAUAUUCAUGAAAUGGCAGCAAAUGUUGGAACAAUAAUGGAAAAGAUUCUGAAAACAAAGAAAAUUCCUGAAAAUAUGCAGAUGACAUUUUAUCAUCGGUUAAGGUUAGCUCAUGCAAUGGCGAAUUAUGAACAAAGACUUCAGUUUGUGCAAGCUCGCCUGCAAGCUCUGUCUGUGUUAGUUUAUUCCAAUGCAACUGUUCAUGUAAACACGCUGGUGUAUGAUGGUUUGAUCGAAGAGAUUGUUAACACAUUAAAGAUUGUUGACGAUAAUAACAAACUUUCGGAAGUGAAAGCAUCAUGUUUAAAGACCUUAACAGCUAUCAUUCAUUUGGAUCGUAAUCCACGUCUGCAAUCAAUUAUUGAUAAUACUGGCGCAACAUCUUACCAUGGCUUUUUACCCUCACUAGUUCGAAAAUGUAUCUUGCACAUGACUAAUGCAGAGCACGAACCAUUUCCACAACAGCUAGCAACAUCUUUGUUUUCGUUCUUGUAUCAUCUUGCAAGUUACGAGUCAGGAUGUGAAGCUUUAGUUGCUUCAGGGCUAAUUGAAUCUUUGCUUAAAGUUGUUUUGUGGCCUGGGAAAGAUGAUCACAUCACAUUUGUAACACGUGCUGUCAGAGUGAUCGACUUGAUUACCAAUCUUGAUAUGGCUGCCUUUCAAACCCAUAGUGGCUUAAAUGCCUUAGUUAGUCGACUGGAGAGAGAAAUCAAGCUAUGCAGUGAAUUCCAUGGACCCUCACUAUCCUCUGACUUGCCUCUUGUCCCGAUUGAAAAACCAAAAGGAGAAACAGAAUCAAGUACUGUCACCAGUCAGCUAAGUUCCAGCAGUGAGAUGCAAAAUGAUAACAAAGAAUCAACAGAUUUAAACCAUGUUCCUACUGAUAUUGAGAUGACAGAGGCUAUAGAUGAAAAUGAAGUGAGUAAAAAGCCACUAGACAAACAUUUACAGUGUUUACCACAAAGAGCGGCUCUGUUGAAAUCUAUCUUGAAUUUUCUAAAGAAGGCAAUACCAGAUCCUGCAUUUGCAGAUUACACACGAUCGUUAAUGGAUGAGAAUUUACAAAAUGCAUUGAAAAUGAUUAUCAGCAAUGCAGAAUACUAUGGAGCUUUGUUGUUUUUACUGGCUACGGAUGUUAUAACAGUGUUUAUUUUUCACGAACCGUCUUUGUUAUCGAGUUUACAAGAUAGUGGCUUGACAUGGGUUGUUUUGAAAGCAUUGCUUGUAAAAGAUGUACCAGCAACACGUGAAAAUUUAGCCUCUUUACCAAAUACACUCAGUGCAUUAUGUUUGAACACACGAGGUUUAGAAGCCUUUGUCAGUUGUAAACCUUUCGAGAGAUUAUUUCAGAUCCUAGUUAGCCCUGAAUACUUACCUGCAAUGAAAAGAAGAAGGAGUUCUGACUCAACAGGAGACACAGCAAUACAUCUUGGUUCUGCCAUGGAUGAACUUAUGCGCCAUCAACCGACAUUGAAAACAGAUGCAAUGAAAGCUAUUAUAAAACUGCUGAAGCAAUUAUGUGCAAUGGGUAGAAAUCCUGAAAUAUUAGCAUUUCAUCCUACCGAUAAAAUCAAGCCAUCAAAAUCAUUAAAAGGCCCUGAAGCUUCUGGUGGGAACACAACAGGAUUGGAGGAUCCAUUAUCUGACGACGAGAUGGAGGAAGAAUAUCGUUCAUUGCUUAUCAGGAAGUCUGAUAAAGAAGCAAAAGAAGAAGUCAAGUCACCUGAUACCCAGAAAAAGUUUGUUCCAGUUGUUGACUAUGUCUUAAACGUGAUGAAAUUUCUGGAUAACAUACUAAGCAACAAUGGAAGUGAUGAUCAUUGUGUGGAGUUUGUUCGCCUUGGUGGACUUAAACCACUCUACAAUUUACUAAACAUGCCAAAUUUUCCACUGGAGUUCCCCUUAAUGCCUGCUUGUCAGUCAAUUGCACCUGUUUGCAAGUCCAUAACAAUGUUAGCCCAAGAGAGCAAGGUGUUCAAAGAAGGUUUGCAACAGCUUGAUGUUUUGAUUGAUGAACUGGAUGCACUGUAUGCCGCAGCAAAUACGAAUGGCUCAGCACUGCUUCACGAGUUAGCAUCUACAGAGAAUCCUCUUGAUGCAUUAAAUGAAGCUUCAAAAACUCCUCUUGUUCAUGUUAUGUCUGCAACGCAUGCAUAUAUUAACACAUUUGUAUUCAUAUGUCGUGGAGCUCUGUCUGAUGUUCGAAAUAUGUCCAUCCAACAGUGGGGCUCAGAUCUUGGCAAGUCUGUGUUAGAAAAAUUGUGUUCAUUGUACACUAAGCUUGUUUGGGAGAGCAGUGUAUUGUUGACCUUGUGUACACCUAACACGAAUGCUGAGGAAGACUUGUCAUUUACUGAAGCUGACCUUCAAAAGCUAAUUUUGAAAAGUUCCUCCAAGACUGACUCCCCCUCAGAUGGCCAAACAAAAAAGGAAUUGACAUUGUUAAAGUGGUUGUUGACAUCUUCAUCUCACCUUGGACGUGCCCUAGCUGAAUUGUUUGGAUUGCUUGUACACCAGUGUGUUGGAACCCAAGCACCACGACGUAAUCGUCCUCAUAAUUCCAACCAAGUUAUGGCUCCGUCCAUUCCAGCCAAGUUAAUAGCUUCUCGUGUAACAAAACUUCUUGUCCAAGGCUUAUCAUGGCAAUGCCCAAAAGAAAUAAAGCUACCUAGACUAAGACUGACUUUUUAUAUUUGUUCUGUUGGAUUUGCUGCACCUAUGCUCUUUGACAACUCUAAGAAUCCAUAUCAUUUAAUGUUGCAGCAAUUUCAGAAUGCUGGUGGCCUAGAUGCUCUAUUUGAGAGAUUUUCGUGGGUUGUAAAAGAAUAUUUAGAUGGCAAAACAGAGGAUGAAAUUAAAUCAACAGUUGGAAUUGGCGAAUUCUUUGAAGGUUGGCUUGACUUGUUAAAUCGUAUGGUUAACACAAAAUAUGUUUUUGACUCUACUCAUGGCUUGCCUGCCACUUCACUAGUUCCAGGUUAUGUUGCAUUUAAUUCUGUGGAUUAUUUGGCUUGUGUACACAAGCUUACAUUCGAAUCAAUCAUGAUGCUUUGGAAAAAUAACAUACUAAAGAGUGCUGAAAAUCAUGUAAUCGGUGAAAAGCUUCUAAGCAUCUUAUGUCAUAUUGUAAAGGGGGGAAAGGAAUUAAAAGAAAAGUUUCUACAGCAGCAUAAAAAUGAUAAUAAAAAAGAAAAAUCAAGUGUUAUGUCUGAAAUUCAAAAAACACCAGCGCCUACAACAUUCCGUAUACAGCAAGAUGUAAAUGAGGAUUAUUUACAACAGUUUGUUGACAUGGGUUUUUCUCAACAACAUGCCAGAGAUGCUCUUAUUCAAUCAAGAAAUAAUUUUGAAGUUGCCACUGAAUAUCUGUUAACAACACCCGCUCCAACAUCAGAAGAUGCUGCCCCUGCUACAGGAAGUGGUGGCGGGGGUAUGGAGGUUGAUUUAUCUGAAGAAGAUAUGAUGAUCAGAGCAAUUGCGAUGUCAUUAGGGCAAGGAAUGGCUCAGGGCUCCAGUCACAACAAUGUUGCUGAAUCAGAGAAGUCUUUAAAGAGAAAAGCUUCUGAAGAAGCCUCUGAUGACAACGGGGGUAAAAGUCAGCCUGAAAUGACGAUACAAGACAUGGAAGACUUUAGCAAUACCAUCAUUAACCAUACAGACUUUAUUGUUGAGGGUUGUCUAAGUUUAUUAGACACUGUGCCAAGUACCGUCCAUACCGUGUGUGAUUUACUUCUUGCAGUUGCAAAAGACAAUGUUAAUUUUUACGAUCUCAUUAUUGAUAUAGUUUUGGAUCAGUUAGUGAAAAGUGCAGAGAAUGUUAUUGAAGAUUUAAGAGCAGCAGGUACAACGACAGAUCCAGUAGAGUUGAAACGUAAAAUGAAACUUUUUAAUGAAAGUCACCAAGUAAAGAAGAUUACAGCACGAAUGCAUUUGUAUUUGUUGAUGUUUCAGGAAAUUGAAGUCAUAUGUGCAAAUGCUUUCCACUUUGGUGAUCUAAUGAUUAAAUUCUUAGAAAUAUUAGAGCUAACAACAACCUUUUUAAAAUCUGCUAAAGAGAAUGGUUUGGAAGUCGAAACUCCUGAUUUACUGGCUCCAUUAAUACUUCUAUUCGACCAUUACGAAAAAGCUGUUUUGUUUACAGAGAGAAGGAACAACCAGGCAUGUGGUCACGUUUGGAAAUGGUUUGAUGAUCGAAGUGGUCGGUGGUGUAACUAUAGCGCUAGCAAUAACACGUCUAUAGAUACAGCCUAUCAUGCGGGUGAAACAACGGUUCGGUUUACAGCAGGAAGAAGACGAUACAUGGUAUUUUUUAAAACACUUGUACAGAUAAACGAGGAUACUGGCAACAGACGACCAAUAAUGCUAGAUGUCUUGCAAGAAAAAAAGCCCGGCCAAACAAACGCCGCUCAAGCAAACGCCGCUCAAGCAAACGCUGCUCAACCAAACGCCACCCAGCCAAACACAACCCAGCCAAACGCCACCCAACCAAACGAAUCUACCAAAAAGGCAAGCAAAGCUGAUGAAUGUGCUGAAGAAGAAGCAAUUGACUGCACAGAAAAAACAAGUCAAAUGACAACUGUGAAAGAUGCUAAACUGCUUAGUUCAACAGAAAAAUUGUCAAAGAAGAAACUUGAUGAGAAACAUACAAUGGAUGUGGACGUGUCACUUAAAAAAGAGGAAAAAGAUGCUAAUGGGAAAAUGGGCUUCUUCACUUUCCAGAAAGAACUAAUUAUUGAGAGCCUAGUGGACUUGCUUGGUUUACCUGUAAAUCCUGUUACUUUAAACGCAGUUAUUCGAUUAUCUCUACGGUUCACAAGGGACUAUGAAAUUGCAUGUUAUUUUGUCAAUAGAAACGGUGUUGAAAAUUUAUUGAAUUUAAAAGACAGUUCCUCUUUCCCCGGAGCAUUGCCUUUAAUUACGUUGCUAUUAAGGCACGUUGUUGAAGAUUUUCCUACGUUGCAACAAGCAGUUGAACGUGCUGUCUCUGUAGCAGCUAGCAAUGGUGUGCCAAACAUGUUUUGUGGAGUUGGACAGAACUCAUUGGGUGCUAAAGAAUUGCAUUACCUACUUCGAGCUUUGGGUCCCAUUGCUUGUCGCAGUGUUAAACUUUAUGAGGAAACUAUUCGAAAGAUGUUUCGCCUAAAUAUUCCUGCCUCAAGAAGGAAUCAAGUUGAAGAUGUAAUUUCACCAAACGCAGCUCAAAUUGUGAAAAUUCCACAAGAAUUUAAAACGAUUGGCCUUAGUGAAGUUGUAAGUCAAAACUCUGUUAUAAAAAGAUUUGUGCAUUUGUUGUUGAAAACUUUAAUUGAAAGGCAUACUACAGAAGAGACUAUUAGUAGCACAGCUAAAACAUCUGCAAUUAAUGCAAAAACAGAAGAUAAAAAGAAAUUUAUAAAUGAACCAAAAGUAUGUACACCGCAAGCAACCUUAGUUCGAAGAUUAACAGGUGAACAUAUUGAUGAAGAAGAUAUGACUGCAGGCAUUUCUCAGCCACCACCACCAGACAGCCAAAACUCAUCUAACACUCAAAGUGCUUCUCAUGGUAAAAGUGAUCAGCCAUUUUUGUCGCAAACAGUUAUUUUGAGAUUACUCACAGAGCUAGCAAAAAGUUAUGCUGGUGUGGCAUCCUUGAUAGUUGAAUACCAUCAUCCUGUUUCUUCAACAAAUUCAAAAAAGCUUGUGAAGGAUGGCUCUGUGCUAGCAUUUAUAUUUGAUCAUUUGUUACCACAUUCCAACAAAGAUCCAACGAAUCAAGCAACUGACAACAAAACAACAAAACCAAGUACUACGUCUACGUUGGCCAGGUCUCUGUUGUCUGUUCUUGGGGCCUAUUGGCAUAAUGCUGAAAUACAAAGUACGUUUGUGACUGAAUUAAAAAGUGCUCUUCUUCGAGCACUACAUUUACCUGAAUGCAAAAUGAAACAUCUUCGACUACAAGCUGUAUUUAACUUAAUAACAUCCAUGAUUGAAUCAGCCGCUCCUUUAUCAUUUUCCUCACAACCACCAUUGCAUAAUUCGAAUUUCAUUAAAAUGUUAAUCAAACGAGGAUUAAUCUCAGAUCUUGCACGUUGUACGCAUAAUCUGGACCUUUCCAGUCAUGACUUAGUGGCUACAGUUAAUGUGAUGUUGAAACCAUUAGAAAAACUUUCCAACCUGGCAAACAGUCAAAGUGUUCACAGCACAGGGAAAUCAGAUAAAGAUGCAAAGCAAGGCAAUAGUACAACAAAUAAUGAAACUGGAAGCCAACUUAACACAGAUUCACAAGAAACAGGACAAGAAGAAGUAUCUCAAGAGACCAGGUCUGGUGAUCACUUCGAUAGCCAAGGAGGGGAUAAUGAUGCACAAGAUUCUCUUCAAAAUUUUGAGGAUAUGGUUGAAGUUAUGCUGGGUUCGAACAAUGAAACUGAAAUCUUUGGUGAAAGCUUAAUGAGCUCACGUGGUGGCCCAGAUAGUGCUGUAGAACAAAGAAUAUAUAUUGAAGCGAAUCCCAUGGUUGGUAAUUCAGAUUCGUCUGAUUCAGAGUCAGAUAGUGAGAACGAAGGAGUCUUGUCAGAUAAUAUCAGUGAAGGCAAUGAUUACCAACAAAACCAUGAACCAAUGAAUGAAGAGACCACCAGCAACCUGUUGAUUUCCAGCCAAUCAAAUGCUGUGACCAGUACACAGCAGGAAUCUGCUAGUCAAGAUCUAGCAGGAAGUGUAAAUGCUGCAGAUGAUAUGGCCGACACUUUUGAUAUUAUAUCGGAGCGCCAUGAUAGAUUGAACGAUGCACAUAUGGAAGAGACAUUUAUCAUGGGUGGUGGAGACGAUGAUGAUGACGAAGAUGAUGAGGAGCAUGGUGGUGUCCUGGGUGGUAAUGAUGAUGACGAUGAUGACGAUGACACUGAUGAUGAAGGAAACGAAGAUGAUGAAGAAGGUAGUGAAAUGGACGCGGAUGAUACGAUAGCAGGAGCUGACGAUGCAAUUUUGUUUGGUGAUGAAGAUGAUGCUACCGGUGAUGUUACUGAGACAUUUGCAGAUAUUGACGAUCAUGGUGGGACUUUAGAGAUCAGCUUUCCUCGAAGACCAUUUGCAGUGCACAUUCCACAGAUGGUUAGUGAUGAUGGCAUGAUGUCUGCACCACAAAACCGUUCCUCUAUUUUAAGCCAUCCCUUACUGGUAAGAAAUAGUGAUCAAACACCUAGAAGUACAGCAAGCCAACGACCGGCAAGAGGAAGAGCAAAUCGAGGAGAGCGAGCGUUUUCCAGACAAGGAAAUACAAUACAUGUACAUGGUGGUUCUCAUACAGGCUCCUUUGCACGUAUUUUAGUUGGUGAUGACAUGAGUUCAAGCAAUAGAAAUUUUGAUUCAAUGUACACAGUUGGGGAUGAUAUUUUCUUUGAUAUUUUUGGUGAUGGAAAUGAAACAUCAUCCGGCUUGUUAAACUCUGUACCCAGCGCACUGUCGCGUUGGACUGUAGAAAGUCGCUUACUAGAUGGCUCGAGUGUCCACAAUUGUGUGAAUGGUUUGAAGCAAGAUAUUAUAAGUUACUUGGAGAAAAUACAGAAAGAAGAGUUGAAAGAAAAGCUAGCCGAAGAGAAAAAGAAAAAAGAAGAAAGCGAGAAAAAGAAAUUACUCCAAAAAGAAAAACAAAAUGCUGAGAAAAAUGCUGAAACAACAUCUGGCUCCACUGCCACCACAACGACUUCCACUGUUUCUAGUGUUGCUACAACGACUACUGCAGAAUCAGUGGUAUCAACGUCAUCAACACAACCAAUUAUUUCUACCACUAUAUCUUCUUCAGUGCCAAGUGUCAUCGUAAACACCCCACAUCUAAUGCAUCGGGUCAUCAAUACUAGUUUGUGGACACCACCAACAUUAGCUUCACAGCCUCCCUUACAAACUGAUACACCAUCUAAUUAUGUCACACCUUUUAAUCCUUUGCCAGAAAUGCAACCAAACGCACCAGUGAGAGAUCCGACUGUUAAUGCUUCGCAAGCGGUCACUGCCACCCCUGCUGAUGGACCUAGUUCUGAUUCCAUCAGGAAUACAGCAUCGGAUAUAGCCACUAUACUUGGAGUAGUUCCAGACAACAGUUCUGUUGGAAUGGAAACUCCACACGAUGUUUUACGAUUGAACCAAUUACGUAAUAACACCAAUGUAUUGACUGCAGAUUUAGGCUUUACACCAGCACCAGGUGCAAAUACACCGGAGCCGGGAAUGAUAGGUGCUUCAUCCUCAUUUACCACUCCAGCAGAUAUUCCAAGUCUACAGCAACUGCGCAAUAAUUCGCUCUUUUCUCGAGGCUCAAUACCAGUGCCAGUGGUCAGGUGGCCACAAGAAAAUGUCCCUAGUCCUCUCAGCCGUCCCGAUCCUUUAGAAGGUAGGGUGGUGUCCACAGCACCCAGUAUAGAUUUACCUCCUCCAACAACUAGUGCAGCCCUUGCAUCAGAUUUGGCAGCUGCUAUUAUGUCGCAGUUGGUUACCUCAUCGCCAACACCAGUUAUUACUACAACUGCUCAAACUAUAGAUGGAACCGCUCAUGUUUCAGUCGUUGCAUCAUCCACAGUGGGAAGUUUCUCUUCUGUUGUUCACUCCACCACCUCAACCAACGUGGUAAACACAAGUCAGGACGCUCCUCUAAAUCAAGCUCAAGCCAACACUGAACCAGGUCCUGGACCAUCUGGUGUGUUACGUGCCGCUGAACAAAUACAAAGAGAACUAGAAGGAAUGGGUAUCCCUGAAGGUGUUGAUCCAUCUUUUCUAGCUGCUCUUCCGGAUUCUAUAAGGGAAGAAGUUCUGCGCGAGCAGUUUGGUAUUCGUUUAAGAACUACAAACAAUGGUGCUGCCCCUCAAGAAUCUAACACUGAUACCUCGGAUCCCACAGAACCACAGGAAGUAUCUCCUGAAUUUUUAGCUGCACUUCCCCCAGAUGUUCAACAAGAGGUUUUAGAACAGCAACGUCUUGAACAAGCCAGAUUUACAGCAGCCCAGCAACGCCCAGAACAACCUGUUGAUCCAGCUGAAUUUGUGCGAAACUUGAACCCAACACUGCGCAGACAAGUGCUAGCGGAUAUGGACGAUACUGUUUUAGCUGUGUUGCCUCCAGAGCUUAGUACUGAAGCACAGGGACUGCGACGUGAAAUAGAACAAAGAAGAAUGCAAAUACAAGCAGAGCGUAGUUUGACAACUAGAAGUGACUUUUCACAAUUAUUAAGACACGCCGGGCUUGCACAUCGCGUACCGGGUGGUGGCUUUCAAUUUGCUCGGUUAUUUCCACGUGGUCAAAUGAAUUCUUGGAGGGUUACAGAUGGACCUUCUGGAGGUAUGGGCACAAAGAAAGUUGGGAGACAGUUAUUAGAUCCAGAAAGCCUGACAUGUUUGCUCGUACUUUUAUUCUUGAAUGACAGCACGUUAAACGCAUCUCGACUGCAUCGCAUUCUUCGGAAUUUGAGUUAUCACAAUGCGUCGAAACAGUGGAUUAUAUUAGCGUUAAUAUCUAUUUUACGCAGGACUAGUAGCUUUCAUCAAGAAAGUACUUCUAGUAACAUAAACAAAAGCCAGUUGGAAAAUGCAUUUGUGAAGCCGAAGCCUAGCAGGAAGCAGAAGGAGUUAGAGAGUUCAUUGUGUGAAGAGAUUGCUCCGGACACCGUGCCACAUAACCAGUGGCUGUCGAGAACUUUAAAUCUUGCUUUCGGUGGUUGUAUUAAUAUAUUUCAACUGCAGAAAGUUGGUCGGAAGCCAACUGAUUGUUUUGUGACAGUUCACCAACAAGCUUGUCUUGAUGUUUGCAAGCAAACCUUGGAAGCACUUUCCUUCCUUGCCAAGAAUUUCCCAUCAAGCUUUUCACCCUUGCCAGAAAAGGAGGAUAAGAAAGAUUCCUCCAACGUCGAUCAACCUGGACCUAGUAGUGGUGAUAUCGAUGCGCAAAGUGAAUUCUGGGAUAUUCUUGUUCGAUUAAACUCGAUUGGGGAUAGUCUAAAAGGUAAGGCACCGUCGAAAAUUCUUCGUGAUUUUCCGAAGGAACGGGAAAGUACAUCAUUUGUCAGUUCGCCACUUGGUCAGAUUUUAAGCAUGUUGUCGCAUCCUGUCGUGAAACAGAGUACAAUGCUGACUGAUAAGUUGUUGCGUUUGCUUGCUGUCAUCUCAAUGUCAUUGCCUGAAAGGCCAAAACAUUUACAAGCUCGAACCGUCGAAGUAACUCACCAGAGUGGACCUAAUGCACACCCACCGGAGGAUGAUGCUGUUCUUCCCGACAUGCCACACCCAAUUCAAACUGUCACGUUUGCUGAUACAGCCUUGCCCACUCCACAAGCCAUGUUACCUGACCAGACGUAUUAUGAAAGGGAACAGAAUGCGGCAGACACUGGCACGGUGUGUUCAGAAACAACUUCGAUUACGUCAUCGUUACUUGUCGAGCCACCGGAAGCGUCAGAGGGUAGGAUAAUGCUUCACAGAGAUGUACGUUCUCCACAUACAGGCUCUGUGAUUUCAGCCAUAUCAGACGGCACUGUUGCACAGAGUGAUAUCAGUGGCAUAACCACAGAGAAUAUUCAUGGAGAACAUGAUGCUAUGGAUGUCGAUCAUACCUAUCAUCCAAGAAGUGAUACAUCAUCCGUAGACAAUAGUUCUUCACCCGCGUUAUCAUUGGCUCCUUUGUCGCCAGAGAAAGAACCUGCCAUUCUGAUUGGUCAGUUACGAAUGGCUGUGAAUGUGUUGACGUCAGGAACAUGCUCUGAUGAAGGCUUAGAAGAUGCUACCACCUUGCUUUUACAGUUAUCCAGAACAGAGCCAUUGACAAGAGACUGUAUUUUGGACCUUCUGUUGGAGGGAGGUCAAGAGACAGCCGAUGUUUUAAGAACUGAAAUUACUAACUUGCUUUUGGAAUUAAAAGAGCAUAACGCAAUGAACGCGUCUACGAAGAGCACUGAUCAACAAAAGGGCUCAAAACAAAGUGUACCUGUUAUAAUCAACCCUGCAUCAGCAAGGAGCCAACCAUGGCGAGGACGAGGAGGACGCGCUGCCAACCAAAACAGACGUUUUGGUAACUUCGGCGCCAAUCAACCAUCAAGAAGAAAUGUACCCAAACCUGUUAUCUACGAUUUGCAUUUAUCAAUGAUGGCUACUUUAACAGCGAAGCGGUCUACUCAGUCUUUGUUUUUACGAGUGUUGAAAGUCAUAUUGCAACUGCGAGACGCAGCCAAGAAAUUUGCAAAGAGACCUAGUCAAUCAUCUAGGAGCAAUCAGUCAAGUACAAGAGGUAUUCGUUUGAUCGAACGUCUGCAUCAUGGCGGUAGUAAUCUAAGAGAAUUUGUUGCUGCUUUGGAGGCUGACAUGGAAGCAAUGUAUGCAAUGAUAGAUCGGUUCGGUGCUCCUGAGACACGGAAUCAACAGCCAACGCCAGCAGAAGGUAGUGGACCUUCUUCCAGCAGUCAGCCGAAUGAAAACAACAGCGCUGCCUCCGUUGCUGGUCAACUUUCUACAGAAACGCAAGCAGGGGAAUCCUCCAAGAAACCAGAAGAACCGAAAAUUCCACAAUUUCCACGCUUGAGCACGCAACUCAACUUGGACGAAUUGUGGGAUGUGUUAGGUGAGACGUUAACUGAGCUUGCUGAAACGACAGAUACAAACGCUGUCCUUGUGCUGCAACCAGCGGUGGAAGCCUUCUUUAUUGUUCAUGGUUCUGACAAAGACGAUGAAAAACCAAAAGACUCGGCUGAGCCUUCUGCUUCCUUAUCGUCGCUGGACAUUCCACCAAGUCCUGGUCCAGUAUCGCCAGGAAGUGCGCUCAGUCCGUCAAGUUCUGGUCGAUUGGGUUCACAAAGCUCUAUAUUUUUGAAUUUGCCACCGGAUACGCAGAAGUUUUUACGAUUUGCUGAAACACAUCGCACUGUUUUGAAUCAAAUUUUACGGCAAUCGAACAAUCCGUUAUCAGAAGGUCCAUUUGCAGUACUUGUUCAUCACACGCGUUUGUUGGAUUUCGAUGUGAAGCGAAGAUACUUCAGACAGGAGUUAGAGAAGGAGGAUAAGGGUCAUCGUCGUGAAGAUAUGGCUGUACACAUCCGACGUGAGCAUGUGUUUGAAGAUUCGUAUCGUGAGUUGCAUCGUCGCACGCCGGAAGAAUUAAAAAAUCGUUUGUAUAUUGUGUUUGAUGGAGAAGAAGGACAGGACGCAGGUGGUUUAUUGCGUGAAUGGUAUGGAAUUAUGGCUCGCGAGAUGUUCAACCCGAACUAUGCAUUGUUUUGCACGUCGCAAGGCGAAAAGGCAACGUACUUACCAAACCGCAAUUCACACUGCAAUCCAAAUCAUUUGAGCUAUUUUAAGUUUGCUGGCCGGAUUGUGGCGAAAGCGAUCUACGAUAAUAAGUUAUUGGACUGUUAUUUUACCCGCUCUUUUUACAAACACAUUCUCGGUAAACCGGUGCAUUACACUGAUAUGGAAGCAGAGGAUUAUGGGUUCUAUCAAGGUUUGGUUUACCUGCUUGAACAUGACAUUAGCGAGUUGGGAUACGAGUUGACGUUUUCACUGGAGAUGCAAGUGUUUGGUUUAAAUGAAGUUCAUGAUUUAAAAGCAAACGGACGAAAUAUUCCAGUGACGGAAGAGACGAAACGUGAAUAUGUAAAAUAUGUUUGUCAAGAAAAGAUGACUGGCUCUAUUCGUCAACAAAUUGAUAGUUUCUUAGAAGGCUUCUACGAAAUUAUCCCCAGACGGCUCAUCUCGAUUUUCGAUGAGCAGGAGCUAGAGUUGCUGGUGGCUGGUCUACCCACCAUUGAUAUUGAAGAUCUGAAAAGCAACACAGAAUAUCACAAAUACGCGGAGAACUCUUUGCAGAUCCAGUGGUUCUGGCGAGCGUUGCGUUCAUUUGAGCAAGCAGACCGUGCGAAAUUUCUCCAAUUCGUCACAGGUACAUCGAAGGUGCCGUUACAAGGUUUUUCGACGUUAGAAGGAAUGAACGGCGUACAAAAAUUUCAAAUACAUCGAGAUGAUCGUUCUACUGAACGUUUACCGUGUGCUCACACGUGCUUCAACCAGUUGGAUUUGCCGGCUUAUGAAACGUACGACAAACUACAAACACAACUGCUAAAAGCAAUUCAAGAAUGUCCUGAAGGCUUUGGUUUAGCUUAAGUCUGUUUAGUCAGAAGAUUAAUUCUCCCUUUCUUUGUUUUCUUCCUUUUUUGAUCAAUGUAAGAGAUGUUCUAAAGCCGCCAUUUGUCGUAAAGUCGCUUUUUGUCGUAACAUUGAAAUUAGCGUCGAAAUUAGUGUAAGCGUAAAGCAAAACAGUCUCGGAAUAAUAAGACAAAAACUUUUGUGUUUUUAUUUUUCUGUAAUUUUCAAUAAUCCUGUUCGGUAAAAUAGUAAAAUAAAAAUUUUUUGUGACGCAGGCUGUGAGGUAUUUGUUGUGAGUGGAAAUAAUUUUUAUUACAAGCUUAGGAAGAAAAAUUAUCCAUUUAAACAAUGCAGUGAAUAUCUUUCCCAAAUUAUUUUUUGUACGAAAGUCGACUUCACUGUUUAUGUAAAAAAAAAAUAUUGUUUUUUUUUGGAAAUAUUUAGUUAAAGUAAGAAUAUUUUCUUUGUUUUCGUAAACAUAUUUAAAAGAAAACAAUACGAAA